ACUUCUAUGGUGGCUACAUCGAAAGCAACCCACUCGAGGCAGCAACGUCCGUGAAGCCACAGAUUAACGAAAUCAACUUGUGACAAAGUUGUUCAAUACACUUUGCAGUUAAUAGCAUUAGGCUUGAAUGCAUACGGCGAUAUUUUGAGUUAUUAGCUUUCAAUACCCUUGAAAAUGAGCUGAAUGGCUACAUUGAGUGGCAAUGUCGAACUGAACACGAGGAAUACGUUUGCAUGCGGCAGCUUAGGGUGUAAUCAGUGGAAGGCGCUGACGGGUGACAGAAGCAUGAUAAAAUACAGUGAUUUUUGAACAUGUGUUCAUUGACUGCUCUUUUGGAAUCGGGCUUUUCACACAUUGUAAACAUGCGUGGAAACUAAAUAUAUUUCAUGCGUCUUCAUGUGGGGGUUGAAAGUAGAUGAGAAACUGAGAAAAUGUGCAUAUAUAGAUAGUUACUGAAAAUGUAACAUUAUUUAAUGGUUAUAUUUUUAAUUACAUGCUGAAGAGGAACGCACACGUAUUUGAAACGACAUGUGAUGAAACUAGCUGAACAUAAGAAAUCAAACUAAAGACAAACUAUGCACAACAAAUACAAUUGUAGGGUGACAUUUAAAUGAGAUGUUUUCAAUGACUAGACAAGAAAAUCAGUAAAUAAUAGAUAAAACAAAACACAGGUAAUGCAAUUUUAUUCAAAACUGUAUAUCUUUAUUUUUUAGCAGCCUAUAGGAGCAUCAGAGUGAAAUAAUCAUAAGAUCUGAAGGCACAGGUUCUUUAUGUGUCAGUUGGAUUGUAGUAAUGUUGUUAGCAGCAAUGCAACUCCAGUUAAUAAUUUUAAUCUUGAGUCCUUGAGGCCUCGAAUGUGGUUUUAAGAUCUUUAUUAUUUUAACCUGUAUUGUGCCUGGAAAGUGCAUAUUCCGAUAAUAAAUGUGGUAGUAAUUAAUUGACCUCAAACUAAAUGAUGCACAACCCUGUACAGACAGUGGAGCAAGAGGAAGUCGAUAGAGGCUCGACAGCUUUUUUUUUUACCUCAUGGCCAGAAACAAGUAAACUCAGCCAUCCAUUAGCAAAGAUAUUUGUUACAGAGCAGAUGUAUUGAGGUAUACUGGGGUAUAUCGAGGCUGUUUGUGUGUUAUGACUACAGAAACAGUAUAACUAACCUGACUAUUAAUAUCAGUUUUGAUAUAUCUCACAAUGGUAAUAAUGACAAUAAUCUCAAUUAUUAUCUGUACUAUUUAUCUUUGGAGAAGAGUUGUAGUUGUUCAAAUGACCACUAGAGGGUAACAAACACUCACUAUCAGUUUGAGUAUUUGAAGCUAAGUAACCACUGAAAACUAUCACUGAGUUGAUCAUGUACUUAAAACAAUUAUACAUAUAUAUUGUCAGACUGUGGGCUGUCAUAAUGUCUGCAAUGGAUAAAGGAUCUGAAUGUACAUUUGACUGUGUCUCCUGAAACCAAAGUUGUUUUUUUUUAAUAAAAUGGCAAAUUUAUAAAAUGUCAAUAGUUGUAUACACAGCAGUUUACAGAUACCAGUGUAUUACUUGUAUUAAAACAGGUAAAUACAACAUGAAUUGAGGAGAUAAGUUUCUUCAUGUGUGCAGCUUGACAGAAGCCUGUGCACAGAUGCAGAGCUGCAUGGUCAUUGUAGGAGCAGAAAAGUCAACUAUCCACUCAACAGAGCUACUCUGAGCUACUUCUGCUUUGCAUACUGAGUCUCUGUCCAACAGCCAUUAUACUUCACUAGAUUAUGACAGCAACACCGAUAGAGGAUGACAUAUUACCACAUGGAAUGUCUUUUUACUUUGUUGUCUACUUGUUUUGCUAUUUGACAAGACAUGUAAAACAUCCAAACGAUGAGGAAAUUACCUGGUUUCAUUUUACUUCUACGUCGUCCGGUUGUGUGAUGAUGCAUCUGUUUUGCAACAACAUCCUGCCUUUCUCCAUGCUGAUAACGUCAGCCCUGGUGAGUGCCAGUGUGUCGAACAACUUCAAAGACUGCAGACAUUUCUUCUACAUGCAGACACCACCUGCAGGGAUGAAAGGAACCAGCCUGAGGAGGAUUUGCCAGAAGUAUGCAGACAAACUGCGCUAUGCCACUUUGUAUGACAGCAGUCGCCACCUCCCCCUCUACUCAGCCUACAUCUUUAAGAAGAGUGAUGGGAAGAAGAGGAUGAACACGCCAUGGAUGUAUGAGCCACAGUUGGUUUCUGAUGACGAGAGUGGCAACAUGAGAGUGCUUCCCCUUACUGAAGACACCCCUCCUCUGAUUGAGGACAGUCAGGCCGUGUUGGACGACUACACAGAUGCUGUAGAAUACAGACGGGGCCUACUGAACCCAGACCUGCACCAAUCAGACCCAGAUGAUAAGUCCUCCACAUAUACUCUGACCAACGUAGUCCCAUUAAUCACACACUUCCUGGAUACUUCCUGGAACCCAUACUUGGACAUCAUUCGCCGUCGCCUCAACAACUUCUGCCACGGCAACUCUUUCAUGGUGACAGGGGUGACUGUUUCUGGGGCAACCAUCCAGCGAGAUAACAGGGACCGCUUGGCGAUCCCAAAACAUGUAUGGUUGGCUUACUGCUGCCCACAGUUUGAUCCGAACUCUCCCUAUGAGGUGAGGUUCAUGUUCCCAAGUUAUGGGGGUUAUGCACUGAAUGAACAGAAUGACCACAGUGUGGUGGAAGUCCCUCUGAAGACUCUGGAGAGCUUUCUGAAGAGCCAGACAGACUUAGGCAGUGACCUGACUAUUUUCUACAAGGGCUGUGUGUCAGAAAAUACCUUCAAAAAGAAGAGAGAGCUGACCGAGGGCUCAACAUCUUGAACCUGCAUGCACAGUCACAGAUGAUGCCUGUGAGGAAAAGCAGCUACUGUAUAAAUAGAACUAACUCAUGUAAACUUUAAUAAAAGCAGUG